AAAUGAAGAUCAAGAAGCUCAUGCCUGUUGACCCAGAGUCGAAGCGUCUAAUUGACUGGAUGGAACAAGGUGUCUAUGACGCAUUACAGAAGAAAUAUCUGAAGACGAUGGUGUUUGCAAUAUGCGAAUCCGAUGGAACGUCCCUUUUGGAAGAAUAUACAUUCAACUUCUCGUACGCGUCUCAGACUGGGGAUGUGUCUUUGAACAUAUCGAAGUCCGGAAACAAGGAUAAAGACACCACGUUCAAAUCCGUUGGCUCGGAUGCUACUCCAGCACAAAUGAAAAACUCUGCAUGCAAACUGGUUCGGACGCUCGUGCAGCUCAUGAGGACACUUGACAACGUUCCAACUGAGAGAACUAUCAUUGUGAAGCUUCUAUAUCACGAGGAUGUCACGCCUGAAGACUAUGAACCGCCGUUUUUCCGAAGCUGUGGCGACAAGGAAAAGUUGAACUGGUCUAUUACGCCUCUGAAGAUGAAAGUUGGUGAUGUUGACAGCAAGCACUAUUCGAUAGCCCUGAAAGUACGGAGUGUUCUUGAUCCAUGUGAUAAUCAUGAGGAGCAGCAGGGCAGUCAAAGUAAUGGAACAGAAACUUCGGGCCAGUCAUCAGAAUCCGAAGAAGACGAAAAUGGUUCUGGGAAAAAGGAGGGAAGCAUCAGAGACGCAGGCGACCUUCCAGGGAAGAAGCAAGAUGACGAGACCUCUAAGCUGUUGAGCACUUCUCCGACUGCGUCUCUAAGUCUUAUCAGGUCGUGGAUUCUAUCAAGGCCAACGAUUACCGUUGAUGUCAUGGAUGUGUUUGCCAACUUUCCGGAUGCAUCUCUGGUCUCCAUUGAAGAAAUCAUGGACCAGCUUGUUGGCGAAGGAAAAUUAAAAGCUGUGAACGCAGACCUUUACUCCAUAGUCCAUGGAGAUGUGGUUGGCCAGGAAGAACCCAUCCUGAAGAAUCAAAGCUCUCCACUUCAAAAAGCAUCAGAUGCCUGUGAAUCGGAUGAGCACACUGCGAUGUAUCUCAAGGCUCUGGAGCAUGUUUUCAAUCUGGAGUAUGUGACCAUUGCAAACCUCCAGUCAAUAUUGGGAAGCGCUACAUCUGUAGCAGCUGUUAAAAAAAUAUUGGAGCAGAUGGGAUCUGAAGGCUACAUUGAAAGCACAGCCAGCAACAGGAAGAAAGGGAGGAAGGUUCUGCGCUCCAAGAAAAUUCAGGCUGGGAUGCAGGACGAAAAGAAUGAGUUAAAAGAAGGCAUACACGCCACUUGUCCAUCUCCCUCGACAAGGAAUCCUCUUGCUGACCAGCUGAAAACCGCGAGCCCUUCUGCAGUGGCUCAGGUUUGCUCGUUGGGUUCGGACAUGACAAGGUCUCGAGCAAGGGAAGCGUCAGUGGCUAAGAGCGAAAGUGGCUUCAAGGAACCACCUUCUUUGGCGAAGGACAAGAAGUUAUCCAGAAAGGCUCCACCUGAAGUCAGCUCAACAGGCUAUGAAAAGAUGAAGCUGGGACCUGAACCUGGCUUGCUUGCUCCGACGUCGGGCGCAGUCGGCAACCGGAAGGAGGGCCGUUCCAGCUCCGGCAAGAACGGGGGAGAUCGAGCGAGCAAGCCAGACAAGAAACAUCAUUCGGGGGGGAAGGGCAAGGAGGCGAAGAAGCCAAAAAGAAAGGGGUCGGAUUACGAGGACGACGACGAUGAGGAAAGCGAGGGGUUUGACGGGAGCGAGGAGGAGGAUGAGGAGGAGCGGAGGCCGAAGAAGAGUGCAAAGCCUGCCAAGAAACCGAGCAAGCCGGCUCAAAGAAAAAAAUCGAAACGAGGCAGCGAAAGCGACGAGGACGAGGAGGAGGACGAGGCGAGCGAUCAGAGCGAGGACGAGCGGCUUAAGAAGAAGAAGCGCGGAAGCGGAGGCGGCGGCGGAGGGGGAGGGAAGAAACGGCGUGGGGAUGACGACGACGAGGACGACGAUCUGGAUCGCGUGCGGAUUGUGGAGGAGCCGCCUGAUUCAGUGGAUGCGCGGAACAUCCUCCCCAGCCGCACCAGGAGAGGCGGACGAGCUCCGCCUCCGCCUCCUGUGGCAAGAGGAGGAGGAGGAGGAGGGAGCAGUGAGGAGGAGAGUGACGACGAGGAUGAGGAGGAGGGGAGUGGUUCUGAUGGAGGAGGGGGGGAUAGUGACGAAGACAGCGAGUGA